GGUUCUUUUGCAGCAAACGAGGAAACAGCAGGAAGCCCGCAUGUUGCCGGGCCAUGGACCUCCGCGGCAGGGUCAUGGGCCCCGCUAUGGACCUCCGUCCAACACGUCGGAAGGAUGGGAGGUCGUCGACCAAGAUGGUAUGACGACGUCGACACGCGGCCAAGCGCCGAAAUCCCCGCGGACGUCGACGUUGACCAUCAACCCGAGCGCGACGCCCUCGACGCGCAACAAGCCCUUCAUGCCCCCGCGCGAUGGCAGCCGGUACUCGGUGCCUAGCCACGUCGUAGAUGAUCUGCUCACGGAGCAGCGCAUGAAGGCCCACCACACAGCGCCGGCGGCGGACCCGCUCUCGCUCGGUAUGUCGGACGUGGAUCUCUUUGCCGACGACAAUGACAGUGCCCAUGGCUGGGGCACGGAUUCGCCAUCACACUUGCUUGGCCGCGACGACGACGAGCUCGAGUUUGACGACGACGACGAACCCAAGGCUGCUCCGCACGUUGCGGCUGUUCCACCGCCGGUGGUCUCGGACUGGCGAGCAGGCAGUGACUGCCUCAGCCCGACGGCGCCCGAGGGUGCGUUUGGGUCGGAGCUGGACUUUGGCGACGAUGAGCAAGAAGACGACAGUGCAUCGGAAGCUGCGUUUCCGACCAACGAGGCGCCCACCGAGAUUGCAGCAGCAUCGAGCACCCAUGGCAACCAGUGGCAGUGGCAUGGCGAUGACCACAAAAAAGAUACGAGAAGCAGCGUCUCGUACGGCGCCGGGUCGCCGUCGCGCUCGAUCACGCUCGGGGCGCCCAUGCCGUCGACGAAUGUUCUGGACCUGAACGACGUUGACGUCGACGGCAACGACAACGGGUGGGGCUCGACCGACGACCUCUCGCUCGCGUCGUCGCCGCGGUCCGACCGCUUGUCGCUGGACGGCCCGCCGGACGCGUACCUAAACGAACCCGACGUGGCGCCCGUCGACAUUACCGGCGCGGACGACCUCCCAUUGUCGGUCACCGAUGCCGUGACUGCGGUGGAAGCAGUCGCGGCGCAUACACAGUGGGAAGAACCGCCUGCCAUCGACGAGCCCAUUCCGUCGUUCGCCGUGCAAGACAUCCAAGAUGUCGCACCACAUGUGCCGUUCGCUGUCAACGCGUUCACGGAUACCGAUACGCCGGCGGCAGCGUGGUCUGCAGACGAGUCGCUGGACAUUAGCGAAGACGAGAGUGCACCUAUGGUCGACGACGUGCCACCGGUAACACCCGCCGUUGCCGUGGUCGCCGAUGCAGGCGUCGAGCCCGUGGUUGCCCAAGACGAGGCUACGACGACUUUCGAGUCGUGGAAUGACCACGAUGCACAGACUGUACCCGAUGCACACGAGACCUGGCACGACGACGAGACCGACGCACCGUCGAGCGAGAUGCCGGAACUCGCUGCCGCCGCCGGGCUGCCCGAGGUCGACGAUCCCUCGUACGCGGAGCCGGUCGUGGAGACGGAAGCACCCGUCGAGGUUGCCGAAGCGAGCCCCGAUGUUGGCGGCGCAUUCGACCAUGAGACACACAAUGACGACUGGAAGCCGGCCGCCGACAUGCUUGCGUCCGUUGAUGCGCCCGCUGCGGACUCGCUUUUUGUGUCGACGUCCGAACUUGCGCUGGACGGCGAAGGCCACGACGAGCCGAGCAUCGUGCCCGAGGCUCAGCACGAGGGCAUUCGCGCGGCGUCAUUGCACGAGCCUGCUGCCUCGGUGGUUGUGUCGGAAGCCGACGACGGUGCUUUUGCCCAAGAGACCAACCCAGACUUUGGUGGCGAGUUCAGCAACGAGUCGUACAACGAAGAGUGGGGCUGGAACCCGUCGGUGGAAGAGGACGUGGGUAUCUCGUUGCCCGAUGCACCGGUGACAGUGAUGCAAGAAAGCGUGUCGACGCCGGCUGCGGACGCGACCUCGGCGCAAGACACCAACCCGAACUUUGGCGGCGAGUUUGGUAACGAGUGGACCCCGUCGACCGACGCGAGCAACGACGGUGGCGUGCCUGAGUACGAGCAAGAAGUGGCACCUGUGCCCGUUGAAGAGCGCACGGCUGACGCGCAAUUUGUACCAGAGACGAACCCCGACUUUGGCGGCGAGUUUGGCAACGACUCGUACAACGAAGAGUGGGGCUGGAACCCGUCCACCGACGAUGGCGUCUCGUCCGCAGUCAGCGCGGACGUGACCGCACCGACACUCGUUGAAGCCCCGACGGCCGAGGCUGCCGCCUUUGUACCCGAGUCGAACCCCGACUUUGACGGCGAAUUUACCAACCAGCCGUACAGCGAAGAGUGGGGCUGGAACCCGUCCGUUGAAGACGAUACCAGCGUGGUUGCCGUGCCGCCAUCGACGAUGGUGGGGCCGCCCGCUGCGUUUGUGUCCGUGGCAGAACCUGCGGCCGACGCGCUAUUUGGCCAAGACACCAACCCGGACUUUGGCGGCGAGUUUGGCAAUGAUUCGCACAACAGCGAGUGGGGCUGGAACCCGCCGACCGACGAAAGCAACGACGGUGACGUGCUUCAGUACGAGCAAGAAGCGGUACCAGUGCCUAUUGAAGAGCCCACGGCCGACGAGUUGUUUGGCCCAGACAGCAACCCGGACAUUGGCAACGACUCGCACAACAGCGAGUGGGGCUGGAACCAGUCAACUGACAAUGGCUUCUCGGCGUCGCUAGCUGCGCCUCCCAUGCCAGCAGUCGAGACACGAGUCGUUUCAGCUCCCGCCGAAGCCCCGGCGGCCGAGGCUGCCGCCUUUGUACCCGAGACGAAUCCCGACUUUGGCGGCGAGUUCAGCAACGAGCCAUACAGCGAAGGAUUGGGCUGGAACCCGUCGACCGACAACGACCAUGGCUUCUCGUCGGCGCCAGCAGCACCGCUUGCCGUGGAGUCGCCGGUCGUCUCGGCGCCCGUCGACGAGCCCUCCGCCGACGAGUUGUUUGGCCAAGACACCAACCCCCACUUUGGCGGCGAGUUUGGCAACGACUCGUAUAACAACGAAUGGGGCUGGAACCUGUCGACUGACGAUGGUUUCUCGACGGCAGCGCCCGCCUCGGCCACGUCGCCAACGGACAACGCCCCGUCCACGGCGCCAGAAGAUAGCGGAGACGCCGCUUCGUUGUUUGCAACUGCAUCGACAGCGUUCGACCAGCCGCCGACGGCGCAUCCAGAGCAGCACGACACGACGCCCUUUGACGCGCACUCGGCGUCAUCCGUGUUUGGGCACUCGGCUGUCGACGGCAGCGGGUUUGGCGGCGAUGAGCCCGUGUACGAUGCUUCGCCCCGCGGCGACGACCACGCACGUGAGCAUUUCGGCGCGUCCCAUGACCCGUGGUUCCCGCAACAGAGCGAUGCGUCGGCGAACGCUGGCGAGGCCUACUACGGGUCGUCGGUCAUUGGGCUGGCGCCGCCGGUGCCCGACGACACGGCGGCAUCGCUGUUUGCCGAUGCGAGCGACAAUGAGGCGCCGUCGUUCAGUCACGCGCCCACCGACAACCGUGCCGACAGCCUCUUUGCCAGCUCACCGGAUGCCCCAGACGUGUCGAGCCUGUUUGGCGCCUCGGCCGACCACGGCUUUGACGCUGGGUUUGAACAGCACACGUACGCAGAGCCGGCGUAUGGCUACGACGCUACCCAGCACGAGCACGAGUUUGACGCGCAAAACCACUUUGAGCAGGCGGCACCGCACGCGCAAUACCAUCACGACGCGUACAACUACGAUGGACAUGCGUACGGGGAGUCGACGGCCUUUGACGCGCCACCGAUGUCUGGUUUUGAUGCCGCGGCGCCGGGGUACGACGCGCCAGCCCCGGUGUACGAUGCUCCCGAGCAGGUGUUUGACGCGCCCGCGCCGGGGUACGAAGCUCCUGCGCCUGUGUACGAAGCUCCUGCGCCGGUGUACGAAGCUCCCACGCCGGUGUACGAAGCUCCCGCGCCGGUGUACGAAGCUCCCGCGCCGGUGUACGAAGCUCCCGCGCCGGUGUACGAAGCUCCCACGCCGGUGUACGAAGCACCAGGGCCAGUGUACGAAGCUUCCGUGCAUGCGACAUCGGUUGACGCUCAAUCAUCGUUGAACUCUGGCCCAGCGUACGAGACACCUGCGGUGGCAUCGGUAAUGUCGACCGGUGGUGUCGAAACGUCGGCGUCGACGCCGGCACCAAAGGCUGUCGCACCUCGCUCGUUGCCAGCGACCUUUGCAGCCGCACCGCCGUCGGUCGCGUCGCCUGUGGUGGAGGCGCCUGUUGUCUUUACGGGGCGUCCCGAGUCGUACAGCGACAUUCCCGACUACCCCGACUACGACGGCAGCGCGGUGGUUGCUGCGCCACUGCGCAUCGAGCUCGAGGCCGACGACGAUGACGACGUGCCGAUGGCCGACUCGCUUUUUUCGCCGACCAAUGGCACGGAGAUUACGUUUGCGACCUUUGACUCGACGCCGAGCGGCUUUGGGCCACCAAGCAUAGGCUUCAGCUCUGUGCCGACGGCCUUUGGAACCCCGGCGUCCGUCCACGAGAGACCCGCGCCGUUGUCAUACAGCAGCGCUCCCGUGAAUGCGCAUGUUGGUAGCCCCGCGCCGGUUUGCCACGUCGAGAACGCCAGCGUCGUCGCCGCCGAGCCGUCAUUGCCAACGCCUUCGCACAACGACGAGCCGAGCCACGAUGCAGCCGAGCUGUUCGAGUCGGCGCCCGAUGCAACCGGUUUCGGUGCUGCGUUUGACGCCUCAUCUGCAUUUGACGCCUCAUCUGCGUUUGACGCCCCGUCUGCGUUUGACGCCCCGUCUGCGUUUGACACCCCGUCUGCGUUUGACGCGCCUCAGUUUGGCGAGUCGGCGACAGCGGAUCCGUUUGCUGCGUCGUACCAGCAGUCGACGUUUUCUCCGCGCGGCGGAGCACAGAGUGCGGCGACCUACGGCGCCCAAGGCGCGCACUUGCACCAAGAGCAGGCCGCGUACACGCCAGAGCCGGCCUACCAGCAGCCAGGAGCCGCGUAUCCGCAACCCGCAGUUGCGUAUCCGCGGUCAGUGCCCUAUCAGCAGCCGGCGGCGACGUUUCCGCAGCAAGCGUUCCAGCAACCACUACCAACGCCGUACCAACAGCCAACUGGCUACACGGCGCCGCACGCGUCGUACCAGCAGCCAUCGUACGCCACCAACGCCAACACGUACGGUCAACCCGUUGGCUAUGCGCAGCCGUCGUACACGCCCGAGCCAGCACCAGUGUACGCUGCAGUGCCGGCCGCGUACGGGCACCAGCCUGCACCCUCGGCCGGGAAGCCCAAGAAGCCGUCGUUCUUUGUGCCUAAGGCGCAAGCGGCGCCGACGACGCCCUCGUCGUCGUACGAGCCAGCUCCACCGCAAAUGAGUCGUGCGCUCAAGAAGCAGUACCAAGCAGCACCUGUAGCGACGUCGACGAUGGCACCUGUGCCCGCCAAGGCGCCGGUGCGGACGAGCCAAACGUACAAGGAUCCGCGCGUGCUGCCGCCGUCUGCUUUGGUGACGUUUGGCUUUGGCGGCACGGUUGCGGCCAUGUUUCCGAAGCGCAAGCUCAAGCUCAACCAUUUCGCGACGCGCAACAGUCCUCGCCCCCUGGCGCACCAGGCGUCGUUUGACGAGCCCGUCGACGAUGGCGAGUUGCGCAAGGGCCCGAUCGUGCUCUACACAAUGGACCAGCUGCACCCGAACGACGCCUACUGGCAGCGCCUCCAGGCCUUCCCGGGCCCGCUCGCGCAGCCGUCGACGACCGACGACGCCGUUUUAAAGUACCUCCAGAGCCAAGGGGCGACGGCCGCAGACGACGACGCCAAGCUUCUCUGGGAACUGAUCGAAGUGUUUGUCAAGACGCACGGGCGCAUUGCGACCCGCGAUGCGCAAGCGCCCGAGAUCCUCGUCUUGCAGCUGCUCCAAAACACGCUCGCCCGGCGGCCGACCGUAUCGCACGACGUCCACGCGCCGUCGAUUGUCGCUUCGCCCGACGCGUCGCAUCGCAUGCGCCAGCUGCUGCUCGCCGGCGACCGCCAAGGCGCGAUCGAGAUCGCCACGGCCGCCAGCUUGUGGCCGCAAGCGAUGCUCAUCGCCUCGUUUGUCGAUCCAGACGCCUACAAGGCGGUCGUCCAAGCCUUUGUCGCGAGCCAGUACACGCCGGCGGACCCGCUCCGGUCGCUCCUCUUGCUCUUUGGCGACCUGGGCGAGAAGAGCGUGCAAGAGCCCGUGCCGCUGAACGCGGCGGCGUCAACGUCGGCGGCGGCGUCGCCGCUGCUCGCCAACUGGCUCUCGCACGUGGUCAUGUGGAUUGCGAAUCCGACCAAGGACACAAACGCGGCGCUCCUGAGCCUCGGCGACCGGCUCGCGACCGAAGCGCAGAACGUAUACGCGGCGCACGUGUGCUAUCUCUUGGCCGGCGCGCCGCUUGAGGCACCGUCGCCGAGUGCGCGCUUGGUGCUAAUUGGUGGCGCGCAGUCGGAGGCGCGGUCGUUUGUGCGGCCCGAGACGAUCCACUUGACCGAAGUCAUCGAGCACGUGACCAAGCCCGCGCUGCUCAUGCCGCUCCAGGGCUACAAGUACAUUUACGCGUCGCUGCUCGCCGACCUCGGGCGCUGCGACGACGCGUACAAGUACGUGGACGCGAUGCGGAAGCAGUUGGAAGCGAUCAGCGCCAAGCAAAAGCUCUCGCCGUACCUCGACAAUGUCAAGCUCCAGCUCGACGUGCUCGAGGACCGACUCAAGCUGCAUCUGGGCCAAGACCGCGUGGACGCGGCGGCCGUGAAGGAGUCGAAAGGCCUCUUUGCCUCGCUCCGCGCCAAGAUCGACAAGAAGCUCGACGAAAUGGUCAACGACGCACCGCCCAUGCCGCAGCCGAUUCCGUCGUCGUCGUCGGGUCCCCAGUCGGCGCAACCGGGGUUCCCGCAGCACCUCUUCCCGCCGGCGCCAGGGUCCAACCACAGCAAUUACGGCGGGCCCGGGUCCAACCACAGCGGACCCUUGCACGGUGGUCCCGGGUCCAACGGCGCGCCGAUGCGCCACCACGCCUUUGGUCCGAGCUCCAGCAGCAGCCAGCACCAGCAGCCGCAGCAGCAGCAGCAGCAACACCAACAACAUUUUGGGCCCGGGUCGUCGUCGUCGUCGUCGGGUGUGCUGCCACCGCGAGCGCCGAGCGUCGGACCCGUCGACGCGCCUGUGGCCGCGCACCCGCCCUUGCACCGGAGCCACAGCUUUACCCAAGAGUCCAACACGACCAAGCUCCCGGCCGACUCGCCGCAGCUCAAGAAGGCGGCGACGGUCGACGAGCCGACAAAGCCCGAGCCGUCGCCGACCAAGGCCAAGGCCAAGACGCCGCCGCCGAGCAGUACAGGGUCCAAGAGCGGGCGCAGCAUGUGGAGCUUUGUGCCAUCGCUGGGCAUCAAGGAGUUUUUGAUGAACAAGCUCGAGCCCGUCGGCGAUGCGAGCGUCGUCCAGCUGCCCGACAACGAGCCGCAGCCGUACUUUGACAAGGAGAAGAACCGGUGGGUGUUCCCGUCGGCCGGUGGCGCCGACGACGCCGAGGACGAAGCGCCGUCGGCGCCGCCCACGAGCUUCCCGGCCGCCGCCAUGUCGGCGCCCGCGUCCCAAGCCACUAACGAUCCGCUCGCGGCCUUGAUGGCACCACCGAGCCGCGGGCCGUCGGCGCCGGCGUCGCACGACGGUAACCCGCUCAACGCGAUGAUGGCGCCGCCUGCGCGCACGGGCCUCUACGGGUCGCAGCGCGGGUCGUCGCGCGCCGUGACACGCAAGCCAUCGGCGCGGCCGCAGUACGCGGUCUUCAAGCCUGCGCCGUCGUCGUCCUCGGACGCGCCCGAGCCCGAGUCGUAAUGCACACACUAUCGUAGGAAGAAUAGACAUUUGCU